UCUCAUAUUAGUCAGGUCCGGGUCUCGGUCACUGGCCAGUCACCAUUGGCUCUCUUAUAUUGCCUUUUCUUUCUUCUUGAAUCCCAGUCAUUUUUCAUUUUGGGAUAAGAGGGAACACUUUUUUUAGGGGUGCUCAUUUCAUAUUUUCCAGGAAACAGGAAGUAUAAUUUCCUUUGGAUUGUGUCCACUUUAUACUGCAGGAAAGAAGGGUCAUAAGUCUGGACUAACUUUUCUGGAGUAUUCAUAUUCUAGGAAUAUUUUACAUUAGUGCAUUUCAAUAUAAAUUUCCCCAGGAUAUAUCCUGGAAAUUUUCUUGUCUGGCUAAGACCAGAAAAAUAAUUACACCUCUGGUGUAAGUGUUUUCUUAAGUUGUGCACGUGCUGGACGUUUGCACUGUGGGUGGAUUUUGAUUUUGAGGGUCUAUUCCCAGAGAGAUUUCUGCUGUCUCUCUGUCUGUCUGCACUUUGAUCCAACAUGGCCGCCUUUAAAAGCUGGCUGGUGGCGCUGCUGCUGGCUUUGCUCUGCUCCUUCCACACCCCCCUCGCACCUGGCGCCAAGGCUCUGGAAAUGGCUCACGAUGAAGACCACCAAGACGAUGAUGGGGAAGCUGAUGACGAUGAUGAUGACGAUGACGAUGAGAUGACGGAUGACGAUGAUGACGAUGAUCGAUGAUGAUGAUGACGACGAUGAUGAUGACGAUGAGAUGACGAUGACGAUGACGAUGACGACGAUGACGAUGACGACGAUGAUGACGAUGAUGAUGAUGACGAUGAUGACGACGAUGAUGACGACGAUGACGACGAUGACGACGAUGACGACGAUGAUGACGACGAUGAUGAUGACGACGAUGAUGAUGACGACGACGAUGAUGAUGACGACGAUGAUGACGAUGACGAUGAUGAUGAUGAUGAUGACGACGAUGAUGAUGAUGACGACGACGAUGACGACGACGACGAUGAUGAUGACGAUGACGACGACGAUGACGACGACGAUGACGACGACGAUGACGAUGAUGAUGAUGAUGACGAUGAUGAUGAUGAUGACGAUGAUGAUGAUGACGAUGAUGAUGACGACGACGAUGAUGACGACGAUGAUGACGAUGACGAUGACGAUGAUGAUGACGAUGAUGAUGACGAUGAUGAUGACGACGAUGAUGAUGACGAUGAUGAUGAUGACGAUGAUGAUGAUGACGACGACAAAGCAGACGAUGAUGAUGAUGACGAUGACGAUGAUGAUGACGAUGAUGACGACGAUGAUGACGACGACGAUGAUGACGACGACGACGAUGAUGAUGACGAUGAUGAUGAUGACGAAGAUGGCUAUCAUGCAGGGUCGCUCUGUGAAUACUGUGCUUUCUGUGAGCACUGCGACAGCUGUGACAAGUGCCCGUGCGAAGAGGGAGACAAGUCCGAACACUGUGAACACUGUCAGGAGUGUAAAUUCUGCUACGUCUGCCCUGUAAUAUGUGAGACCGUCUGCAAACCUGGUGGAUUUGUUGAUGCUGUUUCUGGAUCAAUCUACAAGACAAUAGCUAGUGUCUUUGGGCGUGGACACUAAGCCCCUGUCGCCACCAUGUGGCUGAGGAAGGCGCUGCAACAAACGGGAUUUUCUUAUUACUUUGAUUAUUAUUUUGAUUAUCUAUAAGUUAUUUUUCUGUUGCUUUAUAGAUUUGAAAACAUCACACAAAUGCACACCAAUGAACACAUUAAAGAGAGUAAUUAAAAGUGAAGUAAAACUAAUUAUUUAUUUAUUGUUUAAGGAAAGGUUCUAAGGAGAGUCCCAAGAAACAGGAAUUCUUUAUAAAUUUAAUAAUAUUGUUGGUCUGAUGGAAGGAAUACAUAUGGCAAUAAAAUAUUAGGGACAUUUUAAA